AUGUUGAGGACCAGCGUGAUGAAUCAUGUCUUGAGGACGAUGCUCGUGUUGUCGCUGGUGAAGGACGAGGGAAGCUGUACGCACAUGCCCGUCUGGCGCUCGUUCGACCGCCUCUCGCCAUGGGGUUGCAUCAAACCUGCGUUCCGUCUGCAGCUAUCAGGAGGGGCCCCGAAUGAGCAGGAGUUGCAGGUUUCGCUGACUCCAGCUCAAUCAAAGAGCAUCGUUACCAAGAUACCUUCUGAACUCGUGCCUUCGCUGGACAGCGUCCUAGCUCGACAUGCCGAUGGCUACUUUCCCGAGGAGACGAUCAGUGGGCUGCAGAUGAAGGUGCAGAAGAAGAAUCUGACGAUGGAUGAGGGGUAUGUCUGGAACCUACUCAAGAUGAAGAUGAAGAUGAAGCAUGGUUCAUCUCGCAAGAAGUCCCGUCAGUCGCAUGCAGAUUGUCCGAUCAACAGGACUCUGGUCAGCGUCCGCGCGGAGCUCGAAUACUUACAUGACCAGAUAGCGAUAGAGGAUGAUGCCAAGAAGACAGCAGCCUUGGUGCAGACUCAGGAGAGCCUGACAAACAGAGCGGAGCUGUUGGAGAAGGUUCAAGCGGAGUUGGAGAACAAAGAGAAAUACGGCAAAGUGAAGGAGGUCGUGAAGGACGACAACGGAGAGGUCUAUGCCGUCGUUCCCUAUCAGAGGCAAGUCGCAGCCUCCAUUGUGCUUGCACUUCGGUGGCUGGAUUUGAUCCGAGAUGACAACCUGGAUGACGUUGCGAUGUGGGAGCUGGGAUCUUACCAUGGUGAAACUUCUCGAUACACGACAGAGUGGGACAAGACAAAUAUGGGGAAAACUCUGUCUCUCAUCAACAGGAGGGUAGUUGCCCGUAACGAAGAGCAAUCGAAUACGAAGACGAUGAUGAUGGUGAUGGUGAUGGUGAUGGUGAUGGUGAUGGUGAUGAUGGUGAUGGUGAUGGUGAUGGUGAUGGUGACGGUGAUGGUGAUGGUGAUGGCGAUGAACAUCGGGACGGUGAGGGCUAAGAGGCCCAUCCCACCCAAGGGAGUGCAUUUCUUCGAGGUUAUUGCCAAAGCUGAAGGAGCAAAGGACGGAGAAUCUCUUCGCGGCGGAUUCUACAUUGGGCUAGUUGACGGCAUGAACAAGCGAUGGAACGGAUGUUGGGAGCUUACAGAUCGAUCCGGCGAUCGAAGAAAACACUUCAUGGCAUUACAUGAUAGCUGUAACGGGAACAAAGGGCACAUGACAUGGUCAGGAGGAUUAAGAAAGCCAUGGGUUGAAGGUUCGGCGUACGGACAUGGAGACAGAUUCCUCGGCAAGGCGUUUGGAGAUUUGCCAGAUCAGGUCUACCCCAUGGUAUCACUGACAGAGCCCGGAACCAGCGCGGAAAUCUGCUUCCCCAAGUUUGACGCAGAGAUGGCAAGGGAGCAGAGGCAGUCAGAGCUUUACAUGAACCACCUUGCUUCCCUUCCUCCCCCCCCUGAGCCGCUCCCUUCCGUCUUUGAAAUGGGGAAGGAUCCGAAGAAGUAUCGGGUUCCACUGAUCAAGGCGGUCAAAGCAAGGCUUAAAGAGUUCCAAUCAAUGGUCGAGGGUUACACGUGGUGUCUCGGAACAGCGUCUCACUGGAUCCGUUUGCACAAGUGCAAGUUCGCGCUCUUUCUGCUGGGUGUACAACCUCCACCGGAGACGAGGUUCAUCAACAAGGACGAUAUCAAGCUGGUCAUGCGAGGUGACGGUGAACACCCGCCGGUCCCUGAGGAGCGAGACAAGGAGCGAGGAGGAGCUAAAGGUUUCCGCAACGAGCUCGUCCGGCAGCUCAGGAAGGGUGGGCACAUCGAUGAGGAGGGGAAGGGCCCGGCAGGAACGCCGCUCCUCCUCACCAAGAACACUACCCUCGAGCUCCUUGAAAACGAGAAACGCGGGAUCGAAAAGAAAAAGGAGGCUGCCAGGACCAAGAACCUGCCAUGGAGCGCCUACAAGAAGCUAAAGAAGGGCAAGGGGAAGAAGCUGGUGGAUGGAUCGGACUCUGGGCCUGACGUGAGCAGCAUGGAUACGGAAGAGGCGGAGGAACUGUUCCUUGAUCCAGAAUGGGAGAAGCACGACCUAGGACUCAAGCUAAAGACGUCCGAGGCAAGGAACAACAAGAAGCGCGCAAGACAAGCUCUGAUUCAAGCGGCAAAGAGAGAUGCUAGCUCUUACCCGACUGGUUUCAUACAGUGA